AUGAGGUCUUUCGGCAUCGAAAUUAGUGGUAAUCGGCCGCGUGGAGCUGAGCUUUCAGAAACCACUCGUGCUGCUAUUGUUUAUGCCCUUGAACUGGGUGGAAAACCCACCCAAAUUGCAAAAGAUCUACAUGUGUCGCGUCAAACUAUCUACAACACCAAAAACCACUUCCAAAAGCAUGCACACGUCAAAACAAACCCCCGAUCAGGCCGCCCACUGAAGCUUACCCCCUCUGAGCGUCGAUAUGUGUUCCGUCUAGUACGCCGCAGCCCUACAAUGAGCUAUAAAGCCCUUUUGAUUGAUACCGACUUUAAAGUAUCAAAAUCAACAUUGAAACGCGUCCUAAAGCGCUGCAAUAUCCGCAAAUGGGUUAGCAAGAAGCGUAUCUUUCUUAAAAAGCAUGAUGCACAAAUUCGACGCGCCUUUUGCCGAAAAUGGGGUAGUGUGCUACAUUUUGAUGAUGUGAUCUUUUCCGAUGAAUGUUCCGUCCAACGCAAGUCAAAUUCUAUCCACCAAUACGUAUUCUCAUUUAAGAAUGAGCGAUACAGGAAGGAUCUUGUGAACCUUGUGAAUCAUGGCAAAGAUAUCCGGCAGAUGAACGGCUACACCACGAAUUCAUAUCUUGAUACCCUGGAGGAAGCGCUCCUACCUAUGUACGAGCCUAGCACAAUAUUCCAGCAAGAUAAUGCGCGUAUCCACGUGGCAGAAAUUGCAAAAGAAUGGUUCGAAGAGCAUGGGAUAUGGGUAAUGGAAUGGCCGCCGCAUUCGCCUGAUUUAAAUCCUAUUGAGAAUGUCUGGAACUUGCUAAAAUUAAAGCUAUUCGAGCUUUAUCCACAGCUUGCCCAGCGUGGGCGUUCUAAGAUGGAUUGGAAUGAAUUCCGCAAAGCCCUAGUCAUCGCAUGGGAUAGCAUUGAUCAGGCUAAAAUUGAUAAUUUUAUCAGAUCUAUGCCUCGCCGCAUUGCCGCGGUACAAAAGGCAAAGGGCUGGUAUACGAAAUACUAG